AUGAGUUAACAUAUCAAAAAUACUGGGAGUCAAAUUGCUUUACAUUCGAGUCCUUCUCGUACAAUAAAGGAAGUAUCAGAAGUUUCCAAAGAAAUAGCAGCUAGAAAGGUGUUGGAGAAGAGAAUCUUAGAAUUGGAAAUCAAAUUAAAAUAAUAAGAAAAUGUUAUAUAGAGAUAAAAAUCUUAAUUAGAUGAAACAUCUUAAGAAGCCUAACAAAUAGGUAGAUAAUUUGAAGAUGCACUCAAUGAUCUUAGAUAAAUGAGAUUACUUGGUGAAAAGAAAGAUCAGUAAAUUGGAAUGUUGUUGGAAGAAAAUGAUAAAGUAGUAUAAUUAUUGGAGAUGAACACGAGUAAUUAAUCUACUGAAAUUGCAGAUACUAUUCAGAAAUUGGAACAACAAUUAAAGGAACGAUUUAUUAAUGAAAAAAGAUUAAAUGAUGAAAUUCAAACGUCAAAAAUUAAAGUAUUCAUUCUAAUCUAAUUAUUAGUUACAUUAAGUUGAAGAAUAACUCAAAGAAAAGAAUCGUAUAGUUGAGGAUUUAAGAGAUAAAUUAAUACAUUUAGAGAAAUAAUGUUCUUCUGAUACUUCAUUAGGUGUACUUGCUAAUAAGAGAGGAAAAGAAAUUGAAAUCUUAACUCAUUAAAAUAAUGAAUUACAAUUAAAGAUUUAAGAUUUUUCUAAAAAAAUACAGUUACUUUUAGAAGAAAAUGGAAAUUUAUAAAAGGCAAUAUCAUCUGAAAAGAGUCGAGAAAAUGAAGCUAAAGUAAUUUUGGAGGAUAAAUAUGAAUAAAAAAUUAAAAUUAUUAAUGAAAAACACCAAAAAGAAAUUGCAAAAAUGAAAGAUUAAUAUAGAUGCGAAAUUUAAGAAAAAAUAGAUAUUAUUGAAAAUUUUAAAGCAAAUCAAAAUCGAAAUAAUUCUUCUCCUUCUUUUAUAGAAGAAUUGAAAACAGCCAAAAAUACAAUUUCAAAUUUAUAAGCUGAAGUAUCAAAAUUAAAAUUAUCAAAAUAUAAGUCGCUUUAAGGAGAAUCUGAUGAUAUUUAUUAAUAAUAUGAAAAAUUACUUAAAAAAAAUAAUUAGUUGGGAGAAUUGAACUUUUAAUUAUAAUAGAAAAUAAAAAAGGAUGAUAUUAGUAGCAAAGGCAAGAUUUCAGAUUUAGAGAAAACUAAUCAAAAAUUAUUAGAAAUAUAAUAAAUUAAUGAAAAUAAAUUAGAAGAGUUUUAAUAGUAGUAAAAGUAAGUACCUAUCAGAGUUAGAGAGAAAAGUAUGGAUGAAUUAAAAUUAAGAGGGGAACAAAUAAAAUUAACUGAAUUAGAUAAUAAAAUAAAAAAACUUUAAGAAAAGAUUGACCAAUAGAAUUUAGAAAUCAAAGAAAAAAAUUAAAAAAUCAAUCAAUUAUAAGAGUAAGUUAAAUAGACUAUUUAUCAAAAAGAUAAUUAAAUAUAGUAAAUUAAAUUAGAAUGUGCUUAAGAAGUCAAAUAAGUUCAAGACCAAAUGAAAAUAGAAUUAAUUAAUUAAUAAAAAUAGUACAAUGAUAAUUAGAGAUAAAUUCAAGAUUAAAUAAAAAAUUCAACAAUUGAACAAUAAAAGAUGAAAUCUUAAGCAUAAAGAAAUUAGAAUGAAGUAAAAGCUUUAGAGAAUAGGAUAGCAAGUAUUGAUAUGUAUAGAUUAUAGGUUUAUUGAUUGAAAAUGAACAUAUUAAGACUUAAAUGGAAAAGUUAAUAGCCAUAGGAGAGAAUAUGACAAGGGAUAAGUAAUGUUAAGAAAUGAAGAUUUAGGAGAAUUUAAAAGAAAUAGAAAUUUGGAAAGACAAAUAUGUGAAGAGUGUGUAAAAUGGAGAGAAAUAAAUUGAGAGAGCAUAAAAAGAAUAAGCAAGGACAGAAGGUAUUUGGAUGUAAUAAAGAAAUUUUAAGGUUUGAAGGAAGAGAUUAAUAAAUUGAAUGAACAAUUGGAAUAAAUAAUGGAAUAAAAUAAUACUUUAGAGGAAUAAUUAUAGUAAGCGUAAUAAGAGUCUCGAAAUUUAAGAAAUUAAUUAGUAGAUGGAGUGAGAAGAGAAAGUGGCUCAGGAACCAAAUCUAAUGGAUUUAACAAAAAAAAAGCAUGA